AUGAAGGUGGAGAUGGUUCAUGGAUGCAGUCAAGUCGCAUACGCUCCGAUCCCGGAUCUGACACUGAUCAUCACGCUGACAUCCGCUGUCCUCGCCGUUGCCGAGACCGCCUCCCCAGACUCCGUGAACAGCCAGCUGUCCCUGCUCACCCUGGCCGGCCUGAUCGGCUUCGCCGCUGUCCGAAGCUACAUCACCGAGCUCGUCUUCUGGACGCUGCUCGCGGGUGUGUUCUGUUUCGCUAGGUUCGCGAAGAGGAGGGAUUAUGUGUCGUCGGCUUUGCCCCUUGCCGCGGCUCUGGCUGCUGUAGGGGAGCCGUGGGUGAGGAUCGCCGCGAUGGGGUCCUACUUGGCCUUGGCUGUCCUCCAUCGCGCCGGGAACUUGGGGGAAGACGUGCGCACCCGGGCGAUAGAGAGGGUGCCGGUUCCACUGCUGCUCGCUGCGUUGGCGAUAGGCGUUCGAGUCGCCGCGAGAUGA